AUGCCUCCCAAACCUUCCUCCCGUAAGGGCGUCAAGAAGGGUAUGUCCAAUACUUUGUCCCCCCAUCCCUCAUCAUCACCCAUUAGAAAGAAGCAGAAAGGUACAAAAUCAGUCAUCUCAGAGAGAGCUAACAGCAGCUCCCUGUCAGGAGUCCCCAAGACGAAUUCCUCUGCUGGAACACAACCCCCAAGUGAGUACUGGAAUCAGCUAACAGAUCAUCAACGGGCUUUCCUUGAUAGCGCUACACAACAUACAGGUUCUAACCUAUAUGUCUUUGGUGCAGAGAUCAAAACUGAGAUGCCAUCCCCCACUCCUGCUUCUGUCGCCAAGGAUUCGAAUGAGAGUGAGUACAAUUUUGACUUGACUCCUGUCCCAGGUCUAAUCUCAACCCCAUUCCCAUGUACCGAGGAUGAUCUUACCCUAUGUCACGUCUCCACUGCCGAUCCCACCGGCUACCCUAUCUUUGUUUCCCAAAAUAGACUCUGGGACUGGUAUUAUCUUGCCUCUAACAACAACAUAGAGUCUUCCACUACCCCUACCAAUGAGACGACCAACGGAAAUGCCAAGAACACAAAGAGUGAGUUUGCGAAUGGCCUCUGUCUUUCCACAAACCAAUUUCCCUGUACUGAGGACGACAUGACCUUGUUUCCUUCUCCCAAUCAUAGUCCCAAUUACACCCACAGUCCCACCUUCUUUUCUCAAAACGGACGUUGGGAAUGGAUUUUUCUCCCCUCUAACACAGAUACAGAGUCUUCCCCUCCCAAGGUCAAGAUGGAGGACAUCCCCGAGGCCAAUCCAAGGGUUCAGCGACCGAGCAACCCCGUCUCGACCACAUUCUCCACCACCGACCUGGACCGCUUCGUGUUCCCACUCGGCGUCGUCCCCGACAGUGACGAUGAUAUCUCCUCUGUACCCUCGCUGGUCGAAAACAUAGCCGAGCAAGCCAGGACCGCGAAGCAUGUGAGGUUCUUCAUGAACACCACCCACGACAAGCACUUCGUCCCCAUCGAAGUGCCCCCUCUCACUGGACAUGACAACUGGGAUCCCUGGUUGACCGCCAUGCGACUGCUCUUCCGCCAACACUGUGUGUGGCCUGUUGUGACUGCGGAGCUUCAGCCACUGUCUCCUGGCCAUAACCUGUACCUGUGGUACCAGCGUAUGUGCGAUUGCGCAAUCGCCCUUAUCUACGCCAACGUCUCCGAGGAGGUCCGCAGAACUCCUUGUUUCAUGAGCACCGCGAGCGAAGAUGAUGCUGAUAUUCUGAUGUCCCACCUGUACGCUCACUACUCCGAGCCUGAUUCUUCUCACUCUCAUGAGGAAUCCGAGCUUGAUUAG